GUUUCGUUAUGUUAGUCACGAACACAUCACUAAAGCCAUUUUUUUUUCUCUGCGAAAAUUAAGUUUGACGUGAGAGCCUACAAAAUUUUCGAGUGCACUUCAAUAUAGAAAAAAACACUCAAUAACCAUCUACAUGUAACAUGUUCUCAUUGAAUUCUUUAAACACCCAAAACCAGAUUUUAGUUAGUUUUAGCCAAUUAUCUUCAAGAUAUUCAAGUGUUUUUCGACAUCGUAAGCAAAACAGCGGGAAAAAUAAAAAUGUGAGGGGGCAAGAGGGUUCAGUCGCACAUGACGCAAUAGUUUGUCAGGAAAGUCUCGAGGAAACUAUCAGGAACUUUGAUAAGAAUGUCUUAAGUGAGAUGAAAACCAUAGAGUUUCGUACCCUGGCGACUCGGGCGUGUCGUCCGCGGCUGCGAGACAUGGCGUCCGCGCGGAAGGUGUCCCACAUAUCCGCCGACAGCUUCGAGCAGAACAAGAACGGGUGGCAACAUGUGCCUGCGGUCACUGUGGACUUUACUGGCAAACGGACGAGACUAAACAUACACGAGAACUUCAGCCGCCUCCUGCUAGGCGGGGGUACGUUCCAGUUCGCCGUGCAGACGCGCGGGUUCAAGACCGAGCGCGGCAUACACGCCGACCUCAAGCGGAACCCUAACCUCAUUAAUAGGCUUCGCUUAAGCGCCCAAGAGCCAGACAAGCAGCAGCAGUGCCCGGAGGUGGCUCCUCGCUUAGACAAGCUGCUCAAUGAGGACUCUUCACAUCUCACGCACCAGCAGAAGGACAAGAUCAAGAUCGCCUUCGCUGAGGGGUAUCUUGCAGGUUCACAUCCUGACAACGUCCGCGGCACUAAAGCCUCAAAAUACCUGAAGCUGGUGCAGCAGCUCCUCACCAUCGUGCUGUUCCUCGCUAUCUUCGUCAGCCUCAUGGCGUCCGUCAGCGGCACUGUCUUCAGGAUCCAGCUGGGUAACCAGGUGGAGGUUGACCCUGAGGACAUCUCCGUCACCUUCGAGGACGUCAAGGGCGCUGACGAAGCCAAACAGGAACUUAAGGAUGUUGUGGAAUUCCUAAAGUCCCCGGAGAAGUUCUCGACCCUGGGCGGCAAGCUGCCCAAGGGGGUGCUGCUAGUGGGCCCCCCCGGCACCGGCAAGACGCUGCUGGCGCGGGCCGUGGCCGGCGAGGCACGGGUGCCCUUCUUCCAUGCUGCCGGACCUGAGUUCGAUGAGAUAUUGGUGGGUCAGGGUGCGAGGCGUGUUAGGGAUUUGUUCAAAGCGGCCAAAGAACGUGCUCCGUGCGUGAUAUUCAUAGACGAGAUAGACUCCGUCGGUGCCAAGCGGACCAACAGUGUACUACACCCAUAUGCUAACCAGACAAUAAACCAGCUGCUAUCAGAAAUGGACGGCUUCCAUCAGAACGAGGGCGUCAUAGUGCUCGGAGCCACCAACCGUCGCGACGACUUGGACCAGGCGCUGCUGCGGCCGGGACGCUUCGACGUCGAGGUAAACGUACCAACCCCAGACUACGGAGGUCGUCGCGAGAUUUUAGAACUGUACCUGGCUCGGGUCCGAGCUCAUCCGGAGGUGGACUGCGACGUGCUGGCGAGAGGCACUACCGGCUUCACUGGCGCCGACCUGGAGAAUAUGGUCAAUCAGGCUGCUCUUAAGGCAGCAAUAGACGGCGCUAAGACCGUCACGAUGAAGUACUUGGAAGACGCGCGGGACAAGGUGCUGAUGGGCCCCGAGCGACGCUCCCGCCUGCCGGACGAGGAGGCCAACACCAUCACCGCCUACCACGAGGGGGGACAUGCUAUUGUGGCGUACUUCACUAAGGACUCACAUCCACUACACAAGGUGACGAUCAUACCGCGCGGCCCCUCACUUGGACACACCGCAUACAUACCUGCUAAAGAAAGAUACCACGUGACGAAGCAGCAGUUGCUUGCGAUGAUGGACACCAUGAUGGGAGGCCGGGCCGCUGAGGAACUCGUUUUCGGACCAGAGAAGAUCACCUCCGGCGCAUCAUCAGACUUAAAGCAGGCGACGUCAAUAGCAUGUCACAUGGUGCGUGAGUGGGGCAUGAGCGAGAAGGUGGGGCUGCGGACCAUGGAGUCCUCGCGCACCGCCCUGCAGCAGAGCGAGCAACUCGGCCCCUACACCAACGAGCUGGUGGACGGUGAAAUCAAGAAGAUCCUGUCGGACAGCUACGACCGCGCCAAGGCCAUCCUGCGCAACCACGCCAAGGAGCACAAGGCGCUAGCCGAGGCGCUACUCAAAUACGAAACUCUAGACGCAGACGACAUAAAAGCCAUCAUGAACGGCGAGAAAAUCAAAGUAGAACGUCAUGGGCGGCCCAACAAGGAGCCCUCCCCCAGCUCCGCCCCCUCCGCGCCCUCGGGGGCGGGGCUUCUCGGCAGCCCCCACCCCGCCCCCGCCUAGCCACGCCCACAACCCCUACAUGUGCAAAUUGAAAAUUUUGCAGGCACCAUCUGUAAAAGAUUUGAAAAUAAAAAUAAGUAAAACAUGCUAUGAUUAGUCAGAGUUUGAUUGUAGCUAGAUAUUGUAAUUUAUGCCUUCUGGUAAUGAGAAGUGAGAACGUUACAAAAUAGUUGUAAUUUUAAGACGUUCUAUUCAGUCGAGGUAUAACUCAUGUACGAUCUUUAAAUAUGUAUAAAGUAAUUGUAAAAAAAAACGUUCCCAAAACAUUAUUUUUCUGAAUAUAUGAGAUUUUUCCAGUGCUUAAAAUAUGAAUUUGUUAUUAAUUUCGAAGCACUACAUAUCGAUUAAUUUUAUUUUACAAAAUAGUUUCACCCUUAGACUCUUUGGUUUAAAAAUAAAAACAAAACGGUAACCAGCCGUAUACUUGCCGCCCAUUGGUCUAAUCUGCGACAACUGAAAAUGGUUCGGUUAUAGUUUUAGUUAACUGACCAAUAUUAACAGAAAAGUAUAUUAAUAAAAGUGCCGAUGUUAAAGUGAGAUAAAGCUAUAGAAAGUAUAGUGUCAUCACUUUUGCACAAAUUAACUAGACCUUUGUAUCAUGUGUUAAUCAUCGAAAUCUCUUAACACGUUUUCCUUUCGAAAUAUUAAGUAUUAAUGUAUAUUUAUCUCGUUUUGUCUAAAUAAAAAAUAAAUUCUGACUUAACCCAGGCUCUACUCUGCUGACUUUUUGUAAUACUUAGUUCUUACAAAAAUACCAUUCCUGAUAGAUUUGCCAAAAAAUACAUUUUGCACUUAUUCUCUUAUUAUAACAAAAAAAUAUAGUAAAAAAAAAGAUUAUUACUUAAAUAAGACUGUGUUAGAAGAAUUAAUAAGUAGGAUCAAAAUCACAAGAUAAUAUAUGGGUUAUACCUUUAAUAUUAUUUUCCAGUUUAAUUUUUAUUUGAGAAACACGGAAGAAGCAAUAUGAUAAAUAUAUAUUAGUCUAAAUAGAUAUUUUGUGUAUUUGUAAAGAGGAAUAUCAAUAAAAAAUUAAAACUGGUAAAUGUUAUUUAUUUACCUUACCUCAUCUUGCUUGGAACCAAUUAGGUAUUUAGGUAUUCAAGAAAUUCAUAUUUACUAAAAAAAAACUUAACUACCUACUAUCUUAAACUAAUAAAUAAACUAUAUAUAGUUAUCGGCACGGAUAUUGAGCCCUGACCUUCACCUGCGCAGAAGCGAUUUAUUGGUUUAUUGCCUUAUGUGUACAAUGCGCAAAGCGAUCUCCACUCUUCCGCCGAGAGCUCAAUAUCCGUGCCGAUAACUAUAUUAGAAAGUUUUUUUUGUGAGCUUGCUGUUUUUUCCCCAGUUUCACCCGCAUUACAGGGAAACUCGUAUCUGAAUAAAAUAUAGCCUAUGUUAUUACUUAUUAGGGGAUAGUGGGUUCCAUAGUUCCGGAGCCCUAAGGCAGGGUACAAAUAAAACAUGUUUUCUCUUUAUUUUACAAGUAUAUACAUUUACCUCAAAGAAUCCAACAUUAUUUUUAGCAUACAAAAUCAUGCUUAAUUUCUUAGAUAAGAAAAAAACAGAAAUCCAAAGCUGCAAUUGUCAAAAUAAAAUACAAUUUGUAUUAUUUUCAAAAUGUCUAUAAACUCAAAGAUUUUUCAUUGUUUUAGUGACCAAAUAAAUUGUUCAAUAUGAAAA